GAAGCGUGAUGCACUGUGCUGUGGCAGAAGAAAAGGAGGCUGGAGGCUUGAGGUUUGAUUCAGAUCUUUGUCUGAGUUGGAAAGUGCUGUCUAAUGAAAGCUAGUAUCUGUUCAGUUUGGGGGGAGCUGCCAUCCGAAAGCAUCGGGCUCUGUCUGUGUGACAUAGGUAAUGAACGACGAGAUAGCACCGGACAGCUGGAAGAGAAACUCCGGGUGCUCCAGUAUUGAGCAAAUGCUGGCAGUGAAUCCGGGGAAGACGCCCAUCAGUCUGCUGCAGGAGUAUGGAACGCGGAUAGGCAAGACCCCAGUGUACGACCUGCUAAAGGCCGAGGGACAGGCCCACCAGCCCAACUUCACAUUCCGAGUGUCUGUGGGAGAAAUCAGCUGCACUGGUCAAGGGCCCAGCAAGAAGGCAGCCAAGCACAAAGCAGCCGAGGCUGCUCUGAAGAUGCUCAAAGGAGGUCUCGGUGGUCCCUUCGGAGUUAGCACCGACGUAGACGGAUUGAUUGGCGUGGAUGUGGCAGUGGAUGGAGACAGCUCUCCCUCUGACAUGAAGACAUCAAGUAAUUCUCAGCAGUCUGAAUGUAAUCCAGUAGGAGCGCUACAGGAGCUGGUAGUACAGAAAGGAUGGCGCUUGCCAGAGUAUACAGUCACCCAGGAAUCUGGCCCUGCGCAUCGCAAAGAGUUCACUAUGACAUGCAGAGUUGAGAGAUUCAUGGAAAUAGGCAGUGGUACAUCCAAAAAGCUAGCCAAGAGAAAUGCAGCAGCAAAGAUGUUGUCAAGAAUUCAUGAUGUCCCAGUUGACUUGAGAAGCAGCAAUGAAGCAGACGCAGAGGAUGACACUUUCACAUUGCAUAUGGGGAGUAGAGCUGAUUCAGGUAAGAGUAAGAGUUUCAGCUGCACUUGGGACUCUCUGCGCAACUCUGCUGGAGAGAAGAUCCUGCAGCUGCGCAGCCAUCCCCUGGGCAUUCCCUCAGACUCCAACUUCUGCUCCCUACUCACUGACCUGUCCACGGAGCAGCGCUUUGAUGUUAGUUACCUCGAUCUAGAAGAGCGAAGUCUGAGUGGCCUCUGUCAGUGUCUGGUAGAGCUGUCUACCCAGCCAAUCACAGUGUGUCAUGGCUUUGCCCCAAGUGUGGAUGAUGCUCGAGCUAAUGCAGCCUACAAUGCUCUUCAGUACCUCAAAAUUAUGGCUGGUGGAAAGUGAGUGCUGAAUACACUACAUUUCCAUGGAAGUCUAUUUCUUAUGGACCCCUGGGCAUCAAAGUGCUUGCACAUUUUUUAUGAAAAGGAUUUGAAAUACCUCAGUUUUAUAUUCGGAUGGAUUGUGUAUCUAUUGAAAAUUAGGUCUUGGGACCCUCUUAUCUUGUUGCCAAAACAAAAACGUUGCUUUUUAUUAUGAUUUUUUUAAGCAUCAGCACAUUAUUCGCAAAGUAAAAAGUUGCUGUUUCUAUUGGUUCCUCAUUAUAAUCGAAAACAUAGCCAAUGAACUCAAACUCAUCAGGACUCUCCAGAAGUGAUGCUGAAUAUUGGAAACAAUUUGGACAUCGCCCAUGAGCCAGAGGAAUUUACACUGUUGUAUUGUUUGAAAUUUUUAAAUUUGUGUUUGCCCAACUAUAAACGCACUGUGACUUCAGAUAACUUAUGUAGUGGAUGGAUGAUAUUUCAACAAAUAACAAUGUAUUAUCUUAUGAUUUCUGUCAUUUUAGUGUGAACAAAUUAAAGGACUUAUUUUACAAUACC